GCAGAACAGCUCAGUGCGAUUGGGAGUCUCCGCGAACGAGAUGCGAUCCGUAGUGCUGUCCGCCGGCCUCCUGCUCCUGGUCCUGCUGCUGGGCUGCUCGUGCAGCGGGUCGGGCAAGGUGAUCUACUUCAACCAGCUGAACUCCACCCAGUCCCAGGAGGCGGCCAGGAACACCACCGGCGCCCUGGGCAAGGGAAUGCUCUUCGACACGCGCGGAAACCGCUGUCGCCACGGCUUCGUUCGCGAUCACCACGGGCGCUGCAGGAGGCUGGUCUGAAAACAUGGAAUCUCCCGCUGGGCCGAGCUAAUUUUAACUGCGUGCUUAUUCUGGGUCUGUGCGUCUUCGGAGAUUAAAGUGAAAGGCAGGUCUUCCACGAAUCUUGUGGAUACUUACUGGCAGAUAGCGAAAACCUGAGCAGCGGCAGUAGGUAUUUUUGCCUAAAUUAACUUUGAAGUUACUAUAAAAUAUGCUUUGUUAAUGAUGAAACUUCCAUGUGGCCAGUAUGAAAAUUAUACUUAGUAGUUAGUAGACAUAUUGAUAAAUAAAAAUAGUUUAAUGGGGA